UUACACAACCUACUCUGCCACCUCGCUCGUUGUCUUCCAGUAGUAACGUUCAAUUAUAUAUUCAGGAGCGAGGGAGGUAGCCAAGUAAGCGCGGGGGUCGCCAGUCACUCGCCGGCCCUCUCAACAGGCAGCUCCGUCCCUGCUGCCGCUGCGUGAGCCUCAGCCAGAGCAAGGAGCACCCACCCCUUGCACCCACCCAUGACUCCAGACUCCGUGGCCGACUCAAUCCCUACAGUGUUGUGACGUGCCCUUCGAGAGAUGAGCGCCGCCAGGAGAUGGGCGGGCAGCGUGGCGAGGGCGGUGGCGGUGGUGGGGGUGCUGUCCUGGCUGACGGAGGCGAGCAGAGGCAGUAUUGUGCCUGAGGGUUACCAGCAGGACCUGAGACCCACGGCGCUGACCAACGAAGCAGUCAAGAUCGGGAUCAGCAUGAAGAUCAACGGAAUCUCUGAAGUCAACCUUGAACAAAUGGCGAGUUUUAAGCCACGUUCACACCGUGCCGACUCUGGGCCACGGCAACCCAGCGACUCGGGGUAUACGAGGUCUUGGGUGUGAAAUGUUGAUGUGAAAGGGUCGCACAUAAUUGGAAAGGGGUCUAGAAACGAUCGCCGGAUGCUGAUUCUGUACAGUGUGAAAGGGGCCUAAAAGUCGCUGGCUCGUCGUGGCCCAGAGUCGGCAUAGAGUGAACGGGGCUUAUGACAACGAGGAACCAACACACACGAGCUGAUAAACGCUACAUAACCAUCAAAACAUACUAUAAUUGUCUUUAAAGAUGAGGUAGGAGGAGAUCAUCAAGGGAGCUAUGAUAUCUUCCUUUAGAAUGAUACUAUGGCUUCCAAGUUUUCUUUAACCUCUGUUUGUGUUUAUCUCAUGCAGCACUUUCUGUUAAUCUGCACUCUCCUUACGAACACGCUUAGGUUUAUGUUGUCAGCUUGGGUCAGACUUAAGUGAACAGACUAUAACACUGUCUUUUCUCCUCUCAAUCGUUAGUCCAUACUCUUCGAGGUUUACUUUCGUUUGGGGUGGAAGGACCAACGCAUCAACUUUCCCCGUCAGCCUGUCAACGGGACUUCCAGCGGCACAACAAAAGAUACUAAGGAGGAAAAACAAUCCAUGACCGUCUCCCCGGAUCUCCUGAAGAAAGUGUGGGUUCCUGACGUGUUUAUCCGCGGGACUCGCUCCAUCGACACCUUCAGCCUCCUACAGAAGUUCCAAGGCGUCAUUAUCUCUUCCGACUUCACGAUCUUCACCUCCCUCAUGAUGCAGCUGAAGUUGGUGUGCAGCAUGUCCUUCCAGAUGUACCCGUUCGACGUGCAGCGCUGCACCAUGUACGUCAAGAGCUACACCUACACAGUCAACGAGCUCCGCCUGCACUGGAUGCCGCCAGGACUCAGCACAGACGACGAUUUGAAGCAGCAACUUGCAGGCUACGACUUCUCGGUGAAAGCUUUGAACGGGACCACGUGUCCCUGCCCCAAAUGUGUUCCGAACGUGUCACCUUGUCUUCGGGUCUACCUGGUACUUCGUCGCCACAGUUUCAUCCACGUCUUGGGGUCCUACGUGCCGUCCGGUCUUUUCGUGCUGGUGGGAUGGACCUCCUUCUUCUGGCCUGCUGAGGUGGUGCCAGGGCGAACUGUCUUGGUCAUCACCUCGCUGCUCACCAUCACCUCAAUGUACACUGGAAUCAGGCAAACGAGCCCCACCACGAGCUAUGUGAAGGCCAUCGACGUCUGGAUGUUGAUGUGCAUUCUCCUGACAACCUUGCCGCUGCUGCAGUACGCCCUCAUCCUCUCGUGGAGGAAGAAAAUGAACGAAGUCAACGUAAUAACACCCAAGAAACCUAGCGUGACUCCAGUGGUGUCUGCGAAAUCCAAUCCAAUGGACUUCGCCUCCGUGUCAGUCUAUGAGGUUCGCAAGAGAAGGGCCGAGCUGGUGGGCCGCGUGGGUCUUCCUGUGUGUUUCCUGCUGUUCAAUCUCGCCUACUGGCCCACCUUCCUCAUCCCGAGCCUGCAGGAGUCCUUUGAUUAGAGGAGAAGGCCGCCAAGUAUAUAUUUAUGCAGUGUUCGGCGCACCACAAAAAUGAUAUUCUGUGUUGGUGAAUGGUGUGUCAAAUGUAUUUUUUGAGACGUAUAUGCAAAUAUACCGAAUAUUUUACUGUUAUUUAUUUAUUAAUCUAUCUAUGUUUUAUUUAUAUCGUCAACUUGUACAGUGAUGAAUGAGGCAGUGUUUCCUGUAAAAUUUGCCUCAAAAGAUAUAUAUCUUGUAUAAUAAAUUAAAAUAUUAUAUAUAAUUAGUUUUUCGUUACUACAUUUUGAACAUUUCGUCCACUUUUUUUUUUAGUAAAUCCAUCACAUUUCUGUCAUCAGUUUGUGCACUGAAUGACGCGUUUUGACUAGUGACAGGUGAGGUGAACCAGUUUUGCAAGAGUCUUUUGCAUUAUAAUAAACGGAGAUUAUAGAAGUGCCUAUACUACUUUCCUGUACAUGCUAAUA